GCAACCAUUCAUCUGGCCUAAAUCCAAACAGUGCGCGCAGUGAUAACCACAAUGACAAAAGACAAGCUCGCGGCUCUCCAGGCCGCCCAGGACGACUCCGAGCCCGAGGACGUCUACGACCUGCCCGACAAUGACCCGAUGGAGGCCUUCUUCGGCGAGAUCCAGGCCAUCCGCGAGAUGCUCAGCCGCAUCGAGGAGUGCGUCAAGGAGGUGAAGGAGCUGCACAGCACCCUGCUGACGGCGCCCCAGAGCGACGCCAAGGACAAGCAGCGCCUGGAGGACCUCCAGGCCGAGAUCAAGCAGAAUGCCAAUCGGGCGCGAAGCAAGCUCAAGCAGAUCGAGCCCGAGGACGAAGUGGACACCUCCUCGGCGGAGACGCGGAUGCGGAUGACGCAGCACAUGACGCUGUCGAAGAAGAUGGUGGAGAUCAUGACGGAGUACAAUAGGGCGCAGGUGGAUUACAGCGACCGCUGUAAGGCCCGGCUGAAGCGCCAGCUGGAAAUCGCCGGCAAGCAGACGACCACCGAAGAGAUCGACGAGAUGCUGGAAAAGGGGGAAGUUUCCGUCUUCACCAACGACAUCAUGACGGACACCCGACAAGCCAAGCAGCAACUAGCCGACAUCGAAGCCAGACACGCCGACCUGAUAAAGCUCGAGAAGUCCAUCAAGGAGUUGCACGACAUGUUCCUGGACAUGGCCGUGCUGGUGGAAGGCCAGGGAGAACUGAUGGAUCGAAUCGAGUAUCAAGUCGGAUUGACACGGGAUCGCGUCGACGACGCCACCAGGGACCUGAAGCAAGCCUCAGAGUAUCAAGCGAAGGCUCGAAAGAAGAAGAUCAUGAUUAUAUUGUGCCUUACGAUAACUGGUAUUAUUGUGAUCAGUAUUAUAGCAGCAAAGUUCUCUUAAACUGCCGAAGUGACAAAAUGAGUGGUGAGGUCGAGAUGUUGGUUUUGAGGGUGAUGGAAGGGGGUUGGGGGCGGACGGGGAGGAGCUGCAGCGAACUGCUUGACGUGUUCAGGGUCGUAGCACCAGAGGGUCCGCUGUGGGUUCUCCCUGUUGUACUCGGUUGCUUUAUUGUCGGCGAAAUGGCUCGGGGGUGGGUCAAGGGACGAACGAAUCAGCGCGUUACGAACACCAUACAAGUUUCAAUUCCGUCGAACAAAUCACUUGGCUAAAGCUUAUGAGAGAGGUUCGGGAUCUUACGGUUUCCGGGCGGGAUCAUCGACGAAAAACUAGAGCUCGUUUCCAUCAUUCUGGACUACAUCUUCAGUCACUUGAGGUUACGACGUCGAAUCAAACGAAAGCACGUCGAGAAGACAUCUUCCAUUUAAGAAACGUCAAUGUGACACCUAGUACCUUGUAACUUAACCUCACACAAUUAGAUUAGUCGCGUCAACAUAAUGCUGACGUCAUCACUUAUCUUGUCUAUCACGAUAGAUAGAUAGACUUUACUAUGCGAAAAAUCCUUCCUCAAGUACUUAGGUAGCGUAGUUAGCUAAAGUUUUCCAUUUUUUCGUAUAGAAAAGUCGAUUUCACGCAAUGUACCACGUUUUACGCACUUACGCCAAUUACGAAGGUUGCCGCAUGUUUUUCGAAGCAGUUGUUAUUAUGAAUUCGUAUUGAUGCGCGUUUUGCUUGAUAAUCUCGUAUUUUAAUACGUAUUUUUUAAAAUACGAUCUUGUAAAAACUCGUUAUUUGAAUAUUAUGUAAUGACAAUAACGGAUAGUGAGUGCCAAUUAACUGCCAUGACAAUGAAAUUUUAUAACGGAGGUUGGCAUCACUCCUGUCAUCACGUUGACAGUUUUACUGUCAAUUUACCUAUUAAGUUUUAGUGGCAUUUAGCUCAAAUACAUAACAUGUAAAACAUGUCAAAUAACAUAUAUCUUGUUUCGGACCUGAGGGAGACGUUUAUCGUGUGCAACUGAUUCAAAGCAAUGCGACGGGUGGGAAAAGGGCAGUUGCGCUACGUAAAUUCUCGCAAGGGUUUGUUGCGGUAUUUAGAUAUGUUUUAACGCUGCAUUUAAUCAACUUGUUAGAAUAUUUUAGAAAUUUACUAAC